UGUAUACACAGGGCAAGGAGCGGAGAGGAGCGAGGACAGAAACAGAGAAGUGCGAGUAGUAGGUGAGCUGUUGCUGGUGCUGCUGUUACCUGCCGCUACCUUUAGCUUUUCGUCUGGCUAAAUUAUUCCCGUGUUUCCCGACCCGCUGCGUGGAAGAUACCCAUCGACGCGCACUCGAGGACACAAAGAGGAAGCGAGUGAGAGAGUAGAGUCGGUCGGUAGUUGUAGGAAAGCUAAUGUCGUUGAGUAAAAACGACACGAACAGAUUGUUAGCUCGCCAGUCGCGCUUGUUACUACUGAGAAGCUACAACCAGUGAGCAUUAAAGGCAGAACCCGGGUGUAUUAGUAGUUGUUAGGUGUGUGCGGUGGGCUGCAGGUGCUUUUUUUUUUUUUUUAAAGAGUAGGUGGCAUGCAGGUAACGACGGGGAGCGGGAUGGUUCAGUGCCCCGUUUUCUGUUGAUGCUCGCUAUCCUUCAGGCUGACCGAAAGUGAACAUGAAGGACACCGGAGAGUCAAAGGACCACCAGCUAACUGUUGCCUUGAGAAUCCGACCCCUCAGCGAUGCUGAGCAGGAGGAGGGGGCUACAAUCGUGGCCCACAGAGUAGACGACCAGAUGGUGGUUCUGAUGGACCCCAUGGAGGACCCAGACGACAUCUUGCGUGCCAAUCGCUCAAGGGAGAAGACUUACAUGUUUGAUGUAGCAUUUGACUUCUCCGCUAGUCAGGAGGAAGUGUACCGGGCAACAACAAAAGGCUUAAUUGAGGGACUUAUAUCAGGCUACAAUGCCACUGUGUUUGCCUAUGGACCCACAGGUUGUGGAAAGACGUACACCAUGUUAGGGACUGACAAGGAGCCAGGCAUCUAUGUUCGAACUCUGAACGACCUGUUCCGUGCCAUUGAGGAGACCAGUGAUGACAUGCUGUACAGUGUGUCUAUGUCCUAUCUGGAAAUCUACAAUGAGAUGAUCCGUGACCUGCUGAAUCCAUCCUCAGGAUUCUUAGACCUAAGAGAAGAUUCCAAGGGAGUUAUUCAGGUUGCUGGAAUCACAGAGGUAUCCACCAUCAAUGCUCAAGAGAUCAUGGAGCUCCUCAUGAAGGGUAACAAACAGCGCACCCAGGAGCCAACAGCCGCCAAUCAGACGUCAUCUCGCUCCCACGCUGUGCUGCAAGUAGCUGUCAAACAGCAGAGCCGCUGUCGUGACGUUCUGCAGGAGGUCCGCUUUGCACGCCUCUUCAUGAUUGACCUCGCCGGCUCCGAACGAGCAGCACAGACUCAAAAUAGAGGUCAGCGUUUGAAAGAAGGGGCCCACAUCAACCGUUCCCUCCUGGCUUUGGGCAACUGCAUUAACGCCCUGAGUGACAAAAAUGGUAACAAGUAUGUCAACUAUCGAGACAGCAAGUUGACUCGUCUCCUGAAGGACUCCUUGGGCGGAAACAGCAGAACGGUCAUGAUAGCCCAUAUUAGCCCUGCCUCUGUAGCUUUUGAGGAGUCUCGUAACACGCUGACAUAUGCAGACCGUGCCAAAAGUAUUCGAACACGGGUGAAGAAGAACAUGAUAAAUGUGUCAUACCACAUUGCUCAGUACACCAAUAUCAUCUCAGACUUGCGCUGCGAGAUCGAGCGGCUGAAAAAGAAGAUCGCCGAACAGGCGAGUCGGCAGCUCAAUUCUGACCGAGCUGACAUCCGCAAUGUUCAGGAGGUCCAGGCCCACUCCAGCCUGCAGAGUCGAGAGGAGAUGGAUCUGUUGAGGGAGCAGCUUCUGGAUGCUUUCCGCCAGCAGAUGGAGAUCAGGAAGAGCCUGAUGGAGCUGGAAAACAACAACAUGGAGAUCCAGAUUGCCACCUCUAACAAUCUUUUAACCAUUACAGACUGGGAGCAGGAGCGCAGCAGGCGCAGGAGAAAGUGGCGUGCGGAGAGGAGGAAGGAAAGUGUCAAUAAGGAUGAAAGCGAGAAGGACUCUGAUUCAUCAGAGUCUCCUCCAGACACCACGGAGACUCAGGAGGUGGCAAUAGCUCGAGAAAAUCUGGUUGCACUCAUGGCUGAACAGAAAAAGAUUCACAAGGAGAAGGCAUUGCUUGAGCGUAGGUUUCUGGAGCUUCGGGAUCAGGCUCGGCGUUUGGAGGAGCUGCUGCCGCGGCGGGUUAGCUCAGAGGAGCAACGCGAGGUCCUAGGACUUCUCUGUAAGGUCCACGAGCUGGAGAUUGAGAACGCAGAGAUGCAGUCCCACGCUCUGCUCAAAGACAACGUGAUCCGACAGAAAAACUUUGUGGUGCAGCGAUUUGAACAGCACAGACACCUGUGUGACGAAAUUAUUCAGCAGCAGAGACAGUUCAUUGAUGACCACAGUCUGCCCGUACCUCCACACCUCCAGGAGCUGUAUGAUAUGUACAUGAGGGAACUAGAUGAUAGGAAACUGGAGAAAGCAGUUGCCCUAGAAAAGGUGACCAUCAGGCAGACCAUCAAGGAGGUCUCGCUACCUAAGAUCGCCUUGCCUUCUCACGGUCGUGACAACAUGCAGGACAUAGAUUCAGACCAGGAGAGCAUACGUAACAUGUGCUCGGAAAACAGGCGAGGUCAAGCCAAAAUACGCAGACAUACCCUGCCUCCCAUUCUGCCUGAACCUGAUCUGGACAAUAACAGAGUUUUCAAGAGCAGCCCUCAUGCCAGGCAAAUGAAAAAUUCAGCAGUAAUGACCCCACCUCCCAUCCACAUUAAUGGGAAGGGCAACAGAGAGCUGCAGCCUCUGGCUCCUGAGAGCUUUCUGAGUUACAGCCAUCUCAGCCACAGUGUCAGCAGCCACCUGGACUCAUCACCUGAGAGCAGCGAGGCAGGGGCCGAUAUCCCCCUCUCAUUAAAUGAACGGCAGCAGAUUUUAAAGGGGGUCCAAAACAUUGCAGUAAAAGCAGCACGUCGGCGCUCCAAAGCGCUCGAGGUGGAUGUCUUGCGGUUACCUCCGGCACCAUCUCCCCUGGACCCCAAGAAGCAGAAGAGCAGCCUUUCUUUAAGCGAGGCUCCCCCUAGAGGUUUGCCAAUGAGGCGCGUCAGGCAGCCCAGCCCCGAGAUGAGACACGCCACUUCAGAUGAUAACCUGUCCAGCAGCACCGGGGAGGGACCUGGCCUCCAUGUGACCUGGAUGCGCCCACGUAACCGGCAGGUGCUCAACAAAAACCAAACGCCUCGCGAGGCAGACUUUGAAGGUCGUCGCAAAAAGAGACGCUCACGCUCUUUCGAGGUCACAGGUCAAGCGGUGCCUCAAACCAAGACAAGCACAGCUCAGAGGUUUCGCCCUCUGGACAGCACAUCAGACCCUCAUCUCCACAUUAACGGUCAACCCCAGGCCCCUAUGCUACGCCCUCAGUACCGAGGGGUCCCUCCUCUCGCCAAAGUCAGGCCUCCCCACAGCAGCCAGCAAACAGGUUCAAAUGCUGAGUCCUCUACAACCAAUAUGAAUAACUUGAAGCGAGCACCCCAACUUAGGCAGCCCCAGCCCCUCCUUUACAUUACAAACACAGGCGCAGGCGCCCAGCGUAUACGCAGACACUGAGCUUACACUGGCCGCGACUCCCAACACCAGCACUAACACCAAACCCAGCUGAGCCUGGAGGCGGAACCAUCUUGUUAUCAGAGAUCUGAGAGCAUGCAGCCUCAAUAAAAAAAAGAAUUAAUCCUUCAGUGACUGUCACUACGCAAAAUUUGUAACAACAUUGAGCUGGAUAACUUCACACAGGUCUCACUGUGAUGGUGCUGAGGGUCAAGUGUUUCCUCUUUAGCUCGCUGUUGUGCUGAAUCACUUGUGGUAUCGUCAUGUCAGGAACAUAUCAAGCUCCCUUUGUUAUCAGUGUAAUGGCUCUGUAACGUUCAGUGCUUAUUAUGAACAGUGAAUGGUUGGUGUUAACGGGCCUCACAGCAGUGAUAUACAUAAGAAUCCAAGGGAAAGUAUGGAUAUGGGACAAAAGAUUAGAAGGAUAUUACACAAAGGAUAUUACACAAAUGCCGAUGUUUAAAAAAAAAAGAGCAAUGGCCUGCAGUAAAAAGGUUUCAACAUCAAUGUUUUUCGUAGUGAGUUUGUUUCAACAUGACACACUGAAAUUUAAGAAAAAAGAAAACUUAAUCAUCAUGAUCAUUGUGCUCUUGAAACUUGAAGUUUCAAGAGCAGUUUCUCUGCCUUUUCCUACCCACAAUACACUCUUUAAGUGUCAUGUUUGUGUAGAUACACAGGAUAGUACCACACAAUGUUUUUUGCAAAUUACCUGGCUGUUUCAAUUAAUUAUUUAACUGUUGCCUUUUCCAUUAUUUUUUUUUUCAUUCAUAUUGUUUUCAUAAUUGCAACUUUCUAUUCUUUAUUUUGUACAUUUUUUUUAAUUUGUACCAAAAUAAAUUUAACUGAAGUAUCCAAAAAACAAAGCAUGUGUUUUUGUUGUGCGUUUGCUUUUUGGCCUGCAAAGUCUGUAACACUCGUCUUGUGAUAUCUUGUGUAAUGUUCACAUGUGUCCACUAGGGGGGGCGCGAAGGCCAAGGUUAGACAAUUUAAAUUGCAGUAAGGUAUUUUUUCUUGUGUAAUCACGUUUUAUUUUUAUACUCCAGUGUUAAUCCAGUCUUUGCAUGCAUCCCCUGGAAAAUGCGGGUGACUUUAAUUGAUUUUGUAUUUAUAAUUCCGUUUUUUAAAAAGAUUAUAAUACUACAUUGUUAAUAUUAUGUAUACUUCAUUUUGUUAAUUGUUUUUUCUCAGAUGCUUAUGUGUAUCUUAUAAUUUCGCCAUACCCUAAAACUGUAGCCAUUACACAGUUUACAUAACAACUGGAGAAUAUGCUUUUCACUGAGUCAUGACCAACCAACACUAUGCUAAAGGAUGUGUCUCUGUAUUUGGACAUUAUUUAUCCAUCAUACAUUCAUGUAUGGUUCAACCUGUAAUACAACUAGGGAAAAAUCCACU